GAGAGAGAGAGACAGAGAGAGAGAGCAAGAGACACGGCUUUUCUUUGCUUUCCCAAUUCUCUUUCUGUAGUGAAGCUGCCGAGGGCUUGAGAGAAAGGGAGCGAGACGUAGUCAGAGAAUACGGCAGAGAGGGGAGACACUCCACAAAGAGUGCGCGUGUGUGCGAGCGAGAGACAGCGCGACAGAGCUUGCUUAGGAAGUGCAAAGGGAAAGAAAGGGAAGCUUUUAAAAAACAAACAAACAACCCCGAGAACUCUUGCCAGUAUUAGACCAUCUCUUAAUUGCUUUCCUGAAGACAUUUACACCAGCGUGUACUUUAUUUUAAAGCAGUUUAGAUUUUCUUUUUCCUUUUUUUUUUUUUAAAAUUGAUUGCACAUUGGUUGGAGCAGACCUGUGCAUAGCACCAGGAUCUUUGGGGCUGUUGAGGACGCAGAGUACCAGGAGCAGGUGAAGCAGAGAGGAGCAUGCCCGGGACAAGAUGCGUCAGCGGAGGGGUUGGCACGGGGCUGGCCUGGUUUGGGGUCUGGGUGCUGGUGUGGGGCGCCCUGCUGGGGAGCUACGCCAGCGCCUGCCCGGCCCUCUGCACUUGCAGUGGCACCACCGUGGACUGCCACGGACUGGGGCUCAAAACCAUGCCCAGGAAUAUACCCCGGAACACGGAGAGACUGGAGCUGAAUGGAAACAACCUUACACGCAUCAACAAGAAUGACUUCUUGGGACUGAAGUACCUGCGAGUCUUGCAGCUGAUGGAGAACCAGAUUGGCACCAUUGAGCGAGGCGCAUUCGACGACAUGAAGGAGCUGGAGAGGCUGCGUCUGAACCGUAACCAGCUGCACCAGCUCCCGGAGCUCCUGUUCCAGAAGAACGCAGCCCUCUCGCGACUGGACCUGAGUGAGAACCUGAUCCAGGCCAUCCCCAGGAAGGCCUUCCGCGGAGCAACGGACAUUAAGAACCUUCAGCUGGACAAGAACCACAUCGCCUGCAUUGAGGAUGGUGCUUUCCGUGCUCUGAGGGGGUUGGAGGUGCUGACUCUGAACAACAAUAACAUCACCAGCAUUCCCGUCUCCAGCUUCAACCACAUGCCCAAACUGCGGACUUUCCGACUUCACUCCAACAACCUGCACUGCGACUGCCACCUGUCCUGGCUGUCCCAAUGGCUCCGCCAGCGGCCCACCGUCGGUCUGUUCACCCAGUGCACGGCCCCGCCCCAGCUGCGAGGGAUCAACGUGGCCGAGAUCCAGAAGCAUGAGUUCACCUGCUCAGGACAUUCAGAGUCCCCCGGUCUCCAGCCCUGCAGCAUGGCGGCCGGCUCCUGCCCGGCCAUGUGCACCUGCAGCAACAACAUCGUGGACUGCCGAGGGAAGGGACUUACCGCCAUCCCUGCCAACCUGCCCGACAGCAUGGCCGAGAUUCGACUGGAACAGAAUGGGAUUAAGUCUGUGCCACCCGGAGCCUUCUCCCCCUACAAGAAGCUCCGCAGAAUAGACCUGAGCAACAACCAGAUCUCCGAGAUCGCUCCCGAUGCCUUCCAGGGCCUGCGCUCUCUCAACUCACUGGUCCUGUAUGGGAACAAGAUCACGGAGCUGCCCAAGGGUGUGUUUGAUGGGCUGUACGCCCUGCAGCUGUUGCUGCUGAAUGCCAAUAAGAUCCACUGUGUCCGUGCCAACGCUUUCCAGGACCUACAGAACCUGUCUCUGCUCUCUCUGUAUGACAACAAGAUCCAGACGCUGGCCAAGGGCACCUUCAGCUCACUGCGCGCCAUCCAGACCCUGCACCUGGCCCAGAACCCCUUCAUCUGUGACUGCAACCUGAAGUGGCUGGCGGACUACCUGCGCUCCAACCCCAUCGAGACCAGCGGGGCGCGUUGUGCCAGCCCCCGCCGCCUCGCCAACAAGCGCAUCGGCCAGAUCAAGAGCAAGAAGUUCCGCUGCUCCUCCAAGGAGCAGUACUUCAUCCCAGGCACAGAGGACACCCGCCUCAACAACGACUGUAACAGCGACCCCGUGUGCCCAGCCAAGUGCCGCUGCGAGUCCAACGUGGUGGACUGCUCCAACCUGCGCCUCACCAAGAUCCCUGAGCAUAUCCCAACAUCCACCACUGAGCUGCGCCUCAAUAACAACGAGAUCUCAACGCUGGAGGCCACCGGUGCCUUCAAGACGCUCUCCCAGCUGAAGAAAAUAAACCUCAGCAACAACAAGAUCUCGGAGAUCGAGGACGGCGCGUUCGAGGGCGCGGCCUCUGUCACCGAGCUGCACCUGACCGCCAACCAGCUGGACUCCGUCCGCAGUGGCAUGUUCCGCGGCCUGGAGGGGCUCCGGAUGCUAAUGCUACGGAACAACCGGAUCAGCUGCAUCCACAACAGCAGCUUCACGGGUCUCCACAACGUGCGUCUCCUGUCACUUUAUGACAACCAGCUGACUACCAUUACACCUGGAGCCUUCGACACCCUGCAGGCCCUCUCCACUCUGAACCUGCUGGCCAACUCCUUCAGCUGCGACUGCCGGCUGGCCUGGCUGGGUGACUGGCUGCGGAGCCGCAAGAUCGUGACGGGGAACCCCCGCUGCCAGCGCCCCGCCUUCCUCAAGGAGAUCCCACUGCAGGACGUGGCACUCCCCGACUUCCGCUGUGAGGAGGGCCAGGAGGACAACAGCUGUGUCCCUCGCCCACAGUGUCCCAGCGAGUGUACCUGCCUGGAGACCGUGGUGCGCUGUAGCAACAAGCAUCUGCACAGCCUGCCCAAGGGCAUCCCCCGAAACGUCACAGAGCUUUACUUGGACGGAAACCAGUUCACCGUGGUUCCGAAAGAGCUGGCCUCCUUCAAGUACCUUCAGCUCGUAGACCUGAGCAACAACAAAAUCAACUCCCUGACCAACUCUUCCUUCACCAACAUGAGCCAGCUCACUACCUUAAUCCUGAGCUACAACGCACUCCGCUGCAUCCCCAGCCAGGCCUUCGGAGGACUGCGAUCACUGAGGCUGCUGUCUCUCCAUGGAAACGACAUCUCGGAGCUGCCCGACGGGAUCUUCAGUGACGUGUCCUCUCUGUCACACCUGGCCAUCGGUGCAAACCCGCUGUACUGUGACUGCCGCCUGCGCUGGCUCUCUGACUGGGUGAAGACGGGCUACAAGGAGCCCGGGAUCGCCCGCUGUGCUGGCCCGCCUGGCAUGGAGGGCAAACUGCUGCUCACCACGCCCGCCAAGAAGUUUGAGUGCCAAGGUGUGGUUGAUCCUACUGUCCUGGCCAAGUGCAACCCUUGCCUGUCCAGCCCAUGCCAGAACCACGGCACCUGCCACAGUGACCCAGUGGACAUAUACAAGUGCACCUGCGCUGCAGGGUUCAAGGGCAAGAACUGCGAGACAGCCCUCAACGCCUGCGUCAGCAGCCCUUGUGCUAACGGGGGCGUGUGCCAGCUCAACCAGGAGGAGGAGGGAGCCUUCAGCUGUGCCUGUUCCCUGGGCUUUGAGGGUCCCACCUGCGAGGUCAACGUGGACGACUGCGAGGACAACGACUGCGAGAACGGCGCCACCUGUGUGGACGGAGUCAACAACUACACCUGCCAGUGCGCUCCCUUCUACACAGGGGAGAUGUGUGAGGAGAUGGAGGAUGUGUGUGCCCCGGGACGCAGCCCCUGCAAGCAUCUCUCCACCUGCCUCAUCACUGCCACUGGCCCCAAGUGUGUGUGCGCCCCUGGCUACGUGGGUGACGACUGCAGCGUGGAUUACGACGACUGCGAGGAGCACCGCUGCCAGAAUGGUGCUCGCUGCGUGGACGAGGUGAACGGCUACUCCUGCGACUGCACCGAGGGCUACAGCGGGCAGCUGUGUGAGGUCUCGUCCGCCCCCCGCUCCCUCUGCGACCUGGCGGAGUGUCAGAACAGCGCCCCCUGUGUGGAGCGAGGCGGCAGGGCGCUGUGUCAGUGUCUGCCCGGCUUCGGAGGCCCGCGCUGCGAGAAGCUCGUCAGCGUCAACUUUGUGGACCGGGACUCUUACCUGCUGCUGAGCGACCUCAAGAACUGGCCUCAGGCCAACAUCACGCUGCAGGUGUCCACUGCAGAGGAUAAUGGCAUCCUCCUGUACAAUGGAGACAAUGACCCCAUCGCAGUGGAGCUGUACCAAGGUCAUGUCAAGGUCAGCUACGACCCCGGCAGCCAGCCUGGCCAUGCCAUCUACAGCACGGAGACCAUCAACGAUGGCCAGUUCCACACAGUGGAGCUGGUGACCUUUGACCAGAUGGUGAACCUGUCCAUUGAUGGCGGGCUCCCAACCACCAUGGACAGUUUGGGGAAAAUCCGGCCCCUGACCGGAGAGGCUCCGCUAUAUGUGGGGGGUAGGGGCCCUCUGCAGAUUCCACCCUACAUCGCAGGGAUGCCACUGGACGUCCACUCCGCCGCCUUCCGCCUCUGGCAGAUCCAGAACGGCUCCAGCUUCCACGGCUGCAUCCAGAACCUCUACAUCAACAACGAGCUGCAGGACUUCACCAAGACCCAGAUGAAGCCCGGCGUGGUGCCGGGCUGCGAGCCCUGCCGCAAGAUCUACUGCCUGCACGGCAUCUGCCAGCCCGACGGCACCGCCGGGCCCGUGUGCCACUGCCAGCCCGGCUGGAGCGGGCCACACUGCGACCAGCCUGCCAGCAACCCCUGCCAGGGCAGCAAAUGUGUCCAUGGGAAGUGUGUCCCCCUGGACGCACAGUCCUACCGCUGCGAGUGUCAAGAAGGUUACCGCGGUGCCCUGUGCAACCAGCAGGGUGAGCUGUUCAACCCCUGCAAGCGGCUACAGUGCAAACACGGCCGGUGCCAGAUCUCGGAUGCGGGCGAGGCCUACUGCCACUGCGAGAGCGGUUACAGCGGGGAGCUGUGUGACACAGAGUCAGAGUGCCGGGGGGAGCCGGUGCGGGACUUCUACCAGGUGCAGCGCGGCUACGCCAUCUGCCAGACCACGCGCAUGGUGUCGUGGGUGGAGUGCAGCGGGGCCUGCGACACCGGCGCCUGCUGCAGCAGCCAGCGGAUGAAGCGCAGGAAAUACACCUUCGAGUGCAGCGACGGCACCUCCUUCAGCGAGGAGGUGGAGAAGACGGUCAAGUGCGGCUGCGUGGGAUGCAUGUAGGGCGCCCCCUACAGGCCCAGCAGCGACGGCGCACCGUGGGUAGAGAGAGAGAGAGUAUAAAAAAUAUAUAUAAAAUAUAAAUAUAUAUAUUAUGGACAACGAUGUUUGUAAAAUAGGACAUUUUCUUCUUCCCUUCCGAGGGUGUUUGGCAAAAGAUGAGAAAAAAAGAAACAUCAAAAAAGAGGGAAACAAAACCAUCAUAUCUACAACGUUGUUUCAAAAAAAAAAAAGGGGUCAAAGAGAUUUCAAGUGUUGCAUUCAGAACAGCUGUCGCGCCGCCCACACGCAGUCUGACCUUUGAACCCUUUGGGCUCAUCCGCUAGACUUGUGCCAGUCUUGGUACCAUUUCAUCGUUGCUUCCAGAAAGCAGCCUGUAAAUACGGCUUCUCACUCUGUCUGAGCCACUGGGAGGAGUGGUAGAGUAUUAGGAGGAGGAGUGCUGGACAGAGCUGGGGGGAGGGGGGCCUCCCAUCUGGACCGGUUCACGCGCACCCGCGCACUGCUGCGAGAUCACACCUGCCUGUCAGGGUGGGGGUGUGAGGGGUCGUGGGGGGGGGGGGUCAGUGAUCAACUGGGCUGGAACUGUUUGAAACAUGCUGGCUGUACACACACACACACACACACACACAUUCACAGAGCAGUGGAGCAAACAGGCAUGCGUGCA